AUGCUCAAUACGGUCCACUGGUGCCUUCUAGGGACCUUACUAGCCUCACUUCCUAUGGGAUCCGUCCACAUCAAUGCCGUUCCCUUGGACUAUUCCGGUGAAGAGAAGGGUCAUGACCUACUGGAUAGCUCAGUUGCCCAAACAUCCUCACCUCACGAUACCCCCAGAAUCAAUUUGAAGGAUCAAGGGUUGUACUUUUCGGUGCGACAGAAAGAUUGGCAGAAGGUGGAAAAUAUGGAUUGGCAGAAGGUGGAAAAUUUGGAUUGGCCAGGGGAGGAAUACAUAGACCGACUAGAGGUGGAUAAGAUGGACCUCAGUUCCCCCGCCGGAGGAUCACUCGGUCUUGCCAACACCACAACCCGCAAUCACAACCGAAUUGGCAGCACAAUGGUAGCUAACAAAUUAUUUGUGCCAUGGGACACGAAAAAGCAACCUUCCACUUCAAAUUUGGUGACUCGAACAUCUAUCCUCUAUGUUGUAUGCUUCAUCAUGGCUGUUUCUGUUCUCUAUGUCAUCGGCUAUGGCCUCUACACUGCCUUUACAAGGUGCAAAUCCUGGUUUACGUCUUUUUUUAGGGCCAAUCAUGAUGAACUUCCCCCGGUACAGCUGGAAGAGAGUGCGGGUGUUAGUUGGACCGAUGGGAGUAAUAUAAGUUCCCCCCAGCCGGGGGUUCAAGAACCGGGGGAGCUGCAAGAAUCUUGGGCGGAAACUAGUAUUGAUACGAAUAUACUGGGUAAUCCAGAGGCUUCAGGUACCGCGGCGAUGAUAUCGGCUACGGGAACAGUUAGGAGACAUAUAAGGAGCACUAUUCGAGGGGAUGAGGUGCCCCAUGAAAUCGGAUGA